UCAUCCCGCGCCGGUGCGCACGGGGCUGGGAGCUCCUGAUGCUCGUGGCCACCUUGGGUUCGGGGUUCUGCGCGGGCUAGGGGAGGGUCCCCCUUCUUAGUCGCCGCUAUGCAGGUCUCCAGCCUCAACGAGGUGAAGAUUUACAGUCUCAGCUGCGGCAAGUCCCUUCCUGAGUGGCUUUCUGAUAGGAAGAAAAGAGCCCUACAGAAGAAAGAUGUUGAUGUCCGCAGGAGAAUUGAACUUAUUCAGGAUUUUGAAAUGCCUACUGUUUCCACCACUAUCAAAGUCUCAAAAGAUGGACAGUAUAUCUUAGCUACUGGAACAUAUAAACCUCGAGUUCGAUGUUAUGACACCUACCAGUUAUCCCUGAAGUUCGAAAGAUGUUUAGAUUCAGAAGUCAUCACCUUUGAAAUGCUGUCUGAUGACUACUCAAAGAUUGUCUUCUUACACAAUGAUAGAUAUAUUGAAUUCCAUUCACAAUCAGGCUUUUAUUACAAAACCAGAAUACCAAAGUUUGGGAGAGAUUUCUCUUACCAUUAUCCGUCCUGUGACUUGUAUUUUGUUGGUGCAAGCUCUGAAGUUUAUAGGCUAAACUUAGAACAAGGGCGCUACCUGAAUCCUCUGCAAACCAAUGCUGCGGAGAAUAAUGUGUGUGACAUAAAUUCAGCACAUGGGUUGUUUGCCACAGGAACAAUUGAGGGCCGAGUGGAAUGCUGGGACCCAAGAACGCGAGGCAGAGUGGGCCUGUUAGAUUGUGCUUUGAGUAGUGUCACAGCGGAUUCAGAGAUUAACAGUUUACCAACGAUUUCUGCUCUGAAAUUUAAUGGUGCCUUGACCAUGGCGGUUGGAACAUCUACGGGGCAGGUUUUAUUAUAUGAUCUUCGUUCCGAUAAACCUUUGAUAGUUAAGGAUCACCAGUAUGGACUGCCCAUUAAGUCCAUUUAUUUUCAGGAUUCAUUGGAUUUGAUUUUGUCUGCAGACUCUCGAAUUAUCAAAAUGUGGAAUAAGCACUCAGGGAAGAUAUUCACUUCCUUGGAACCAGAACAUGACAUUAAUGAUGUCUGCCUCUAUCCUAACUCAGGGAUGCUUCUUACUGCCAACGAAACCCCCAAGAUGGGCAUCUAUUACAUUCCGGUUCUGGGGCCUGCCCCAAGGUGGUGCUCCUUCUUAGACAACCUGACAGAGGAACUGGAAGAGAACCCAGAGAGCACAGUCUAUGACGAUUACAAAUUCGUCACCAAGAAGGACCUUGAAAACCUAGGACUCACACAUCUCAUUGGCUCACCGUUUCUUCGGGCAUAUAUGCACGGAUUUUUCAUGGAUAUCAGACUCUAUCACAAGGUGAAAUUGAUGGUAAAUCCAUUUGCUUACGAAGAAUACAGGAAAGACAGAAUCCGACAGAAAAUAGAAGAAACUCGUGCACAGAGAGUGCAGCUAAAGAAAUUGCCAAAAGUUAAUAAGGAGCUGGCACUUAAAUUAAUCGAGGAAGAGGAAGAGAAGCAAAAAGCUACAUGGAAAAAAAAAGUUAAGAGUCUCCCCAAUAUUCUCACCGACGAUCGGUUUAAAGUUAUGUUUGAGAAUCCUGACUUCCAAGUAGAUGAACAAAGUGAAGAAUUUAGACUUUUGAACCCACUUGUUUCAAAAAUUAGCGAGAAAAGGAAGAAGAAACUGCGACUCUUGGAGCAACAAGAGCUUCAUGAAAAGGAAGAGGAAGAAGAACUGGAAGGAAAAGCAAGUGAUGCAGAAAGUUCUGAGAGUUCUGAUGAUGAAAAAGAGUGGGUUGAAGAAGUCAGGAAACAGCGGAGACUCCUCCAACAGGAGGAAAGAGCGAAGAGGCAGGAACAGCGCAGGGAGGAUCAGCAGACAGUCCUCAAGCCGCAGUUCUACGAGAUCAAAGCAGGAGAAGAAUUUAGGAGCUUCAAAGAUUCAGCCACGAAGCAGAAGCUGAUGAACAAAACCCUUGAAGAGCGUGUGAAACGGGAAGCCAAAAAUGCACCUUUGAACGUGUCAGACACUACAGUUGGCAGCAAACAGUUAACAUUUACAUUAAAGAAGUCUGAGCAGCAGAAGCAGCAGCAGGAGGCCGAGAAACUGCACCGCCAGGAGCGGAAGACGCUACGACGUUCAGCCGGUCACCUGAGGUCCAAAUCUCGGAGAGGGCGGCCAUUUCGCUGAGCUGGCAUGAGGGGCACCCCAACGGGCAGUGCUUUCCCUGGAAGAGCCUUGCACACCCCCAUGGAGCACAUACACAGAUCUUGAGAUGUUUGCACGGGCAGGGAGCCGGCAACUACCCUGGGCAGGCCUGGAAACAGAACUACACCCAAUUGUCCUGUGUCCCCCAGAGACAAGGCAACAGCUUAGUCAG